UGCCUGCCGCUGUCAUUUCCAAUCAGUUGCAAAUGCGUUUUGCAACAGAACAGCGUUACAAAAGAGUAUGUCCAACAAGUAUUCGCCCCUUGUGCGUGAUAAAACCGUUGAACAAACUCCAACAAAAUUAACGCAUUGAAUUUCCGCGUGCACUUUAAAUCAUGGACCUGCUCUCGCCCGUAUCGGACGACGAGCGCGAGGAUGGUGAGAUAGUCGACGAUGACUUAGAAGACAUCUCCGACUAUUCGAUACCAUCGAGCGGUAAGUCUGAUUAUAGUGAGGGCAUAAUCCGAGCAAUUUCUUUGAGCAGCAUUAGCGACUGCGGCGACCGCGAUUACAGCGAGCGCAAGGCACUGCUGAAGGCGCUGACGGAGGCCGAGAGUGUUCCGCGUCGCUGUCGACGAGCCGCCUUGAAAGCGCGCACCAAAACCUCAUCGUCAUCUGUGGGAAGCCACAAGCGACGACGGCAUGCCAUCCAGGAAGCGACACGAACGCGCAAACAUCGCCGGAAAUCCUACAGUCGAUCGGCGAGCUUAUCAUCCAGCUCGGAUUCGAGCCUUGAUGAGCGCGCCAUGGAUAGGCAAACAUUACAACAGCUGAACAAGGCCGUUCGCAUUGAUACUAACAAUACGACGGACGAAAUCAGUCACAAGACGUUAAAAGAUCGCCUUAAACGAAUGAUGCAACCGGACGUGGAGGAGAAUUUGGAAUCAAGUGUGAAAGAAGACAAUUAUGCAAGAUUAGAUGAAACUUUUGAUAAAGAACUUGAAGAAUUAAGGUUACAAGCUCUGAAAUCAGCAAUGCUUAAGAAACACAUGGAGAGGAAGAAGAGAAAAGAAGCAGAAAAUGCUAAACUAGUGCAGGAAGGGCAAGAGUUGAACUCAAAUGACAAAGAAAACGAAAAUAAUUCAAACAAUCCCUUAAUAGAAACUAAGACAAUAGAAAUUAUAGAUGUAGAUGAAGAUCCCGCUGAAAUCACUGUCGAUGAUGACUUGGACAUUAUGCGUGCGAUGUUGUUAGCAUCAAUGUCGAACAAAAUCACAACUGAACAACCCUCCCCCAAUCCCGUUCAACCCCUAAAUUUAGGUUCCCUUUGCUUGAGUUCCAGCUCAAGCCCAAUUCCGCCCGAGUUCGUUGAGAAGAAAAAACUUACAUCCAAUUUCACUGUACCUCCUGUUAAACCUUUAAUUAUUCGAGUGAAUCAUGACUCUGAAUCUGACACAGACUUUGAUUAUGAUGAAGAGAAUAAUAAAAACAAGUUGAGUCCAGUUGAGAAAACCACCACGACGAAAAUUCAAUCAUCCGUUGAAGAAUUCCUGCGCAAACAACGCGAACAGUUCGAAGCGAAACUAGCGCAGAAUGAAACUAAGGAAACAUCAUUAGAUAAAUCCUUCCUCAAAUUGCUGCCACAAUCACAACAACAAGAGUACAAAUUGUUGCGAGAAAAAUUGCUGCAGGCGAAGAAGGCCAGUAAAAACCCGACGACGACGACAACCAAAGAAACCAAAGACAAGAAAGACAGAUCGCAGCCGAAAGGUAAGUACAGAGAGCUGGCGCCCCUCGUGCGGAAGAUCAAUGCAGAGCUGGCAGCGCAACGCCGGCAAGAAGAGCGCGUCACCCUCUUGCAGGAGCAGUUGAAGGCGACGCGCGUGCAAGCCGCCCUCCAUCAGCGGCGGCACGCUGUUCUGGUAGCGCAACUGAAGAAGGCGCGAGCGAUCGUCGAUCUGCGGUGGCAAAAAGCCAAACUCGAAGUCCAACAACAGCAACAGGCAAAUCAAAAUUCAAUUCCACCCAAGGCGGUUGUUGAAAAGGCUGUGAGUGAAAACAACAACGUGAAAUCAAGCAGUGCCAUAGUCGAAGCGGUUGAUACUAGUAGACAAUCAGAGAUGCAUCCGGAAAAGGAACCAGUCCAGGAGUCAACCGUUGUAAAUGUUAAAGUUGAUUUGGAUGUGAAUGUACCUGAACCAAUGUCAUACGUAUCGCCUCUGGAUAAAAGAGAGGUUGCCACCAGCAGUAAUCCAUUGCAGACGCUUUGUCCGUACGAGCUGUUCGGCGUGUGCAAGGAUACGAACUGCACCUUCAACCACUGUCCGUAACGUAUACUCUAAAACACGCUAAAUACACAAACCUAAACGAAAAAAGAACCACUUGAUACAAAAUACAUAUACCAAAUGGUCCAAACUGAUCAAUCUUAAUCUCUAAGGUUUCGAGUACGCAAGGUCCAAGUCAACUCAAUUCUCGUGAUUGAUAACUACAAGUGACAUUCGACGCAUUUGCCAUUUUAAAUAAUUAUUAUAACUAUUUCUACUACAGUGGAUUGUUUUCCAGAUUUGUUGCCAGACGAGCAGUCAUUGUUAAAAGCAACACAGUGUAGCAUAUAAUUGUAUCAAUGCUGUCAAUUGCGGCACACAAAAACGUAAAUCAAGCGAAUUUAGCCAAAAAAAAAUUGUUGUACAGUAAACGUGUUAUUACUUCUUUAAGUGAAAGAGUGUAUAUCAGAUGUGAGCUGCAAGACAAUUCUUAUGUAAUAUGCGACUAGAUUGUGGUCGGACGAACGUUCAAUAAACGAUAUUUUUUGUAAUA